CGCUUUAACCCCGACAGGCUGACAGUUGUCGAAGUCCCCCAGCCUCGUACGGACGAAAGCCAGUGACUGAGUAGAAAUCAGGCCUCACUGGAACCCUGAGCAGAGGGUGGACAACUGCUUCUCAGGAACUCAGGAAACUCAUGCGUCAGCAAAGGUGACUCACAAAUAAACCAAAAGAAUAUGGCUGCACAGAUAUCAGAAUCUGAUCAGAUGAAACAGUUUAAGGAAUUCCUGGGAACCUACAAUAAACUUACAGAAACCUGCUUUUUGGACUGUGUUAAAGACUUCACAACAAGAGAAGUAAAACCUGAAGAGCAGAAUGAGGCCCUGGCAGCCAAAGCGGGACUUCUCGGCUAG